GUAGCUGAACACCCUCUGAGGAAGUGGGGGUGUGGUUGCUUAGGCUAAGUGACGUCAAUAACGGCGAAGGCCGAACAGCUGAAACGUUCAAAAAAUUUCAAUUCCUACGGCAGUACUGCGUACUAACGUUCAGCAGGUCCGCGGUACCGCCCUCCGUAUCCCCACCCUCAAGAGUGAAUCCUCGCCUAACGUCGCGCUCCCUCAGAAAACGAUCACGGGAACCCAACGUCACCAGCAAAAGGCCAGUGGAGGUGACCGAAGAACAACGACGCUAUAGGACCGGAAUUUCCUCUGUUUGACGCAUGCGCCUGACCACAUAGCGGUUAGCCCGGCGGCGCCGGCUGCCAGGGGAGCCUUGAGCGCAAGCGCAGUGCUAAAUAGCGGUGGAUUUGGGGGCGUGGCGAGACAGAAACGAAGGGGAAUCGGCCGACUUUUCCUGUUGGAGCAACGGAUGACCAGCGAGACAAGAAAGGAGGCUAAGGGAGGUUCCAUGGCGACCACUGUUAGUACACAGCGGGGCCCGGUAUAUAUUGGCGAACUGCCUCAAGACUUCCUUCGUAUCACCCCAACACAGCAGCAACAGCAAAUCCAAUUGGAUGCCCAGGCAGCUCAGCAGUUACAGUAUGGAGGAACAGUGGGUACUGUUGGGAGACUGAGCAUCACUGUAGUUCAGGCAAAAUUGGCAAAAAACUAUGGCAUGACACGCAUGGAUCCAUAUUGCAGAAUACGACUUGGCUAUGCUGUCUAUGAAACUCCUACUGCUCAUAAUGGAGCUAAAAAUCCUCGAUGGAACAAAGUUAUUCAGUGCACUGUACCUCCUGGUGUGGAUUCUUUCUAUCUUGAGAUAUUUGAUGAGAGAGCUUUUUCAAUAGAUGAUCGCAUUGCUUGGACUCAUGUUUCUAUUCCUGAGUCACUGAAACAAGGAAAAGUAGAAGAUGAGUGGUAUAGCCUGAGUGGAAGGCAAGGCGAUGACAAAGAAGGAAUGAUUAACCUGGUCAUGUCAUACACGUCCUUACCCGCUGCUAUGAUGAUGCAGCCCCAGCCAGUGGUCCUGAUGCCAACGGUAUAUCAGCAAGGAGUUGGAUAUGUACCUAUAGCAGGGCUUGAAUAUUUUGCUCUGGGGAUGCCUGCUGUGUGUAACCCCGGCAUGGUACCUGUGGCAGUUCCACCACCUGCAAUCAACCCUCAACAUGCAUGUAAUGAAGAGGAUCUAAAAUCUAUCCAGGACAUGUUCCCCAACAUGGACAGAGAAGUAAUCCGUUCAGUACUAGAAGCUCAGAGAGGGAACAAGGAUGCUGCUAUUAAUUCCUUGCUUCAAAUUGCAGAAGAGUCUUAGAUCCUUCUCACACUACCCUUCAUCGUUGUUACCCUUAAUUUUGAUUUGCCAAGCCAGGGAUUUAGUUAGAAGAAUUUCCCAAGGAAGCAUCCUAUCCGAGAGGCUGUGAUCCAUUUUUGUCAUGGGGGGAGUUAUUGGGAUAUCGGUUUUUACGGAUAACCUUACAGAAAUUUCAGCCAUUUUAUAGCUAUUAAUUCUACUGGGUCCACAUUUCUGUUUGAAAGAGUGUUGAAAUACCUCUGCUACUUUUCUUCUCCCUUUAUUUUUUGUUUGUUUGCUUUCCAAAACCAAUACAAACUUUCUGUUCCUCAGUUUAUUUCUAUGCAUUAUGCAGUUGGAAGUCAGGGGCGGAGGAGUAUAAAGUGAGGGAUGAGGGAGACUGCUGUUCUAUAAAGUACUUUUAUUAAAGGCAAUCUGUCUCUCUCAAGUACCCCUUUCUGUGAGACAAAAAGUGAUUACACAAUGCCCUUUGGCUUGUUCUGUGAUAUUUGAACAUUGAGGCAAUUUGUAAUACUUCCUACUGUAGGGAUACUAGCUUUGUUGUAACUUUCACAGUUAUACUAAUGAGAUCACUUUUCAAUCUAUUAAUUGGGCACCAAUGCAAUGUAUUUAUUUUAUAUUUGUUUGAUGAAGUGCUGCUGUGCUUCUGAAAUUACAAUCACUUCUUUUGCAAGACACAGCAACUUACAGUUAGUCCUCGGGUUACAACCACUUGUUAAGGGGCUGUUCAAAGUUACAACGGCGCUGAACGUUGGGGACUUACAACUGGUCCUAGAAGUUCCGGCUGUCGCAGCAUCCCCAUGGCCAUAUGAUUGCAAUUCAGGUGCUUGGCAACCGGCUCACAAUUACAACAGUUGCAGCAUCCUGUGGUCACAUGAUCAUCCUUUGUGACCUUCCCUGCUGGCUUCCCACAAACAAAGUCAAUAGGGAAGCCAGCAGGAGGUCACAAGUCACUCCUGCAAGUCGCUCCUGCCACUUUUUCUCCCAAAGGACCAUCGGGCAGCAUGGGGAUCUCAUGCUCUACCUCCUGCACUCCAUAGCACCCGCCUGCGGAUCCUGCCCACAAGCACUGUGUAUCACCCACCUGCAGUGCCCACCCACCCGCACUUCAUAGCACCUGCCCACGACAUCUGCCCACCCCCACUCGUUAGCACCCGCUCACGGCACUCACUUACCUGCACUCUAUAGCGCCCACCCACGGCACCCGCCCACUCAUAGUUCUUGCCUGUUGGCCUGCUUGCCUGGCAUGCAGGUUCAGUGCCUCUUCCCAUGUUGCGGUCACGUGAGGUCCUUGCUUAACGAUGGCAGCGGGGACUGCUGGGAUUGCUAUCGCUAAGCAAUGUGGCCAUGUGAUGUCAUGCUUUACGACCGCACCACUUAGCCACGGAACUUCCAGUCCCAGUUGCUGUUGUGACCCGAGGACUGCCUGUAUGACAGAAGGGAACAAAAGUCUUCCUAAUGUGUUCUUGUGCUUGCUUGCUCCUAUGUUUGUGAGAUACUGAGCAAAUUAAAGCAGUAAAAUGUUAUACCAUGGAAAUUCAGCAUUACCAGUGUAAUGACUUCUUCAUGAUCAGUUGUUAUAAACAAUAAUGCUUUGAAAAGAAAGAUAUCUUGUGUGGAUGAAAUCUAACCUUUUUCCCCCUUUUGAGAAUUCAUUUUAAGGUAUAACAUUUCAGUGGAAUAUUCGUUGUAGUAAAGUUCCAUAAGGUUCCAAUUAACCUUAAUUCCAUUAAAGGCGAAGCAUAUGAAAAAAGCCAUUGUCACAAAUGAAUACAUACUACAUUUAAAAUACAAUCCCAAUAUACAGGAACUGUACAUAAUAAUUUUCUAUUAGAGCUGUAGAGAUUUUGGAGGUAACAAAGUUUAUAUUUGUUUAAAGUUGGAAAAAGUGAAACAAUGCACUUUAAUAGGCACACUUUUCCUUACAUGCUAUUUUGAAUUUUUUAUUGUUUUAAACAUUUUUAAAUGCUGUCUAUAAUUGCCAGCCAUACUUGGUAUUUCCUCAAUUGUUUGAAGACAAUAAGGCGUCAAGGGAGUGAUGCAUUUUAUUGCUUUGAAGGAAGAAAAACCUCAUAUUUCCUGUUUUCU